AUGGCGUUUCUUUCGAAGAAUACUCGCUUCCACCCCUGUGUCCUGGCGGUGGCAUGGACGGCAUUCUGCCACCCAGGCAUGUUUUCGGCUCUCAAUGGACUUGGUGCUUCUGGUGAAGAGACACCCGCACUUUCAAACACAGUCAACGCUGUCACCUUCGGCGCCCUCACUGUCGGCGGCUUCUUCACUGGCAUCAUUUGUAACUACAUUGGUGUUCGAUGGACUCUUGUGAUCGGCACCAUCGGCUAUGCUCCAUAUGCUGCCGCCUUGUAUACCAACGCAGCGUUCGGGAACAAGUGGUUCCCGAUCCUGGGCGGUCUUCUCUGUGGCAUCAGUGGCGUUCACCUGUGGACAGCCUCAGGGGCCAUCAACCUCGUUUUUCCCGACGUCACCCAACGUGGACGAGCGGUGGCGACCAAAUUUCUCUUUCAGAAUUUCGGAGGCUUCAUCGGCGGCAUUAUUUCCUUUGGGAUCAACGCCUCUGGGUCGACGAGAGGCCGUGUUUCUGACGCCACCUACUUCGCCUUCACCAGUAUCAUGUGCCUCGGCCUGCCUGUGGCUCUGACCGUCCCUCGUGCCACCCAGAUAGUUCGGAAAGACGGCUCGCACGUGGCUGCCCAUCAAUUCCAAUCCCUGCGCGAGGAAUUUGCCGGCCUGAAACGCACCUUGACAAGCACAAACUUCCUGUUACUGCUCCCAUUUUUUAUUUACUGUCAAUGGGAUCUUGCCUAUAUGUGGACCUGGAAUGCCGCCUACCACAGUGUCCGGGCCCGUGGCCUUCUCUCUGCCUUCUUCUACCUCAUUGGCCCAACCAUCAUCGGUCCGAUUCAGGGAUAUCUCCUGGACAAGACUACGUGGUCCCGACGGUCGCGGGCCAGAAUCGGCACCACCCUUUUCGCAGUGAUCUCCCUACUUACCUGGAUCUAUGGCCUCGUGGUUCAGUACCAGUACGACAAACGGGACCCUAGCGAAGUCAUCGACAUUGUGGACCCCGUCUUCGCCAAGUCGUUUCUUCUUUUCGUGCUGUAUGGGCUCUUGGAAAAUUCGACCAUGGUUGUCAUGUAUUGGACAAUGGGAUCCCUCGGUCUACCUCCCGGUGAGAUUGCCUCGUUGGUCGGUCUCGCCACGGGGAUUGGUUCAGCCGGUUCGACGGCGGCAUUCAUCCUGGGAGCGAAGAACGUCGCGCUCAUUUGGCAGCUGUGGGCCAACGUCAUUACCUUUCUUGUUGGCAUCCCGGGCUUGUUGUACGUCAGCUGGUUCCGCAUUGCCGAAGAUUCGGAAUUGGACGCGGCCACGUCCAAGCGAAUCGAGAGCGAGCAUUCGUAUGACGACAAGAGCCUAGGUCUGGAACCGGCAUUCGACAGCAAAUUAACCCCUGGCGAGGGCGCCGCUGUCAUCGUUGCCGACCUGGUGAGGUCGUCGAAGGACCUGGCGCAAGCGAGAACUACUGGAAUUUGA